AUGACGCAAGUGGCCUAUGAUUUCAAUUCGCCUAUUACGGAGUCUCACCAGAGAUCGGAGCUUGAGCUGCCACUAGAAUUACCGGAUCUAAAGGAAUCUUUUGAUAACAUCAAAGUAUUUCAAACUGACCAGGAUAAUGUUGGACAUCAGAUUAAGUAUAUCAAACAAAAAAAAAUUAAGUGUGAAAUAUGCAAUAAAGAUCUGUCGACAAGUGGUUACCUUCAGAAACAUAUGCUAAUUCAUACCGGAGAGCGACCACAUCAUUGUGAUUUGUGUGGGAAAAGCUUCACUUUCAAGAUAGCAUUGGAACGUCAUUCAUUCAUCCACAACAAAGUAUUUCCUUUCUCGUGCGAUGUCUGUGGGAAAGGAUUUGCUGAAAGAACACGGCUGAGAUACCACUCCCGUGGCCAUACGACCGAAUUGAACUAUAAAUGUGAUGUAUGUGGUAAAGCGUUUCGUAGCGCAAGCAUUCUUCAGAGGCACACGGCUAUCCAUCAGGAGCGAACGAACAAGUGCGAUGUGUGUGGAAAAAUGUUUAUCCGGAAAUGUGAUUUACUGAAGCAUACUCGUCUUCAUACCGGUGAACGUCCAUAUAAAUGUGAAUUGUGUGGGAAGCAAUUCGCUGAAAAUUGGGCCCUCUUAACACAUGAGAAAAUACAUACGGGAAAUCGACCACACGAGUGCGAUAUCUGUAGUAAAAAGUUCAUUCAAAGGGCGCAACUACAGAUACAUAUGAGAAAGCACACCGGCGAGCGGCCUUAUGUGUGUAACUUUUGUAGUAAGAAGUUCAUAAGUACCAAUCAUCUCACGAAACACAUGAAAAACAUGAAAUGUCGUAAUACAAUACGAUCGCACGCAUGUGAUAUUUGUGGGAGAGGUUUUUUGACCGCAAACCAGUUAGAUUCCCACAAACAUGUCCAUUUCAACAAUUUGUGUCACAUCUGUAACAAAACAUUUUCCACACAACUGGAUCUCGUAAACCAUAAGCGAACAGUUCACAAUGACAAUAAACCGUUUGAAUGUGAUAUAUGCGGGAAACGAUUAGUGACCAACUACACGCUACAAAAUCAUCGUCGAUCUCACACGGAUGAUCGACCAUUCAUCUGUGAUGUGUGCGGUGACUCGUUCAUUCGAAAUGAUUUACUGAAAAAACAUUCAAGACUGCACAGUGAGACGGAAAUUAGAGGCACAUCUGUGGAAGCAAAAGUCGUAGCUGAUCAACUAGAUGCGAACAUGGAGAUUAAAGACAACGUACACGUAGAAAUUGAAAUUAAAGAGGAACUUAUACGUUAGAAAGUACUGGCGUAUUUGGAAGUUUUUGAACUUUGUAGUAAUAGUAUAGUAUUCACUAAUACAAAAUGCAGCACAUAAUUGUUUUGAGAAAACUCAUUCAUUCAUGCAUCGAACAGAGACAACAGAUCUCACUAUAAUAGUUUUCGUGUAUGAGAUGACUAAUGGAAUUGAGAUGAAUGGGGGUACCGUUACCCUACGCAAUGAAAUCAAAACUCAAACAGAAUUUUUUUGGCAUUAAAAAUGCCUUACUCUUCACUAUAAGGGGCCGGGUGUCAAUUAAAAGUUUCAAAAUAGUCGCGUAACCUUUUUGUGUCAUAAUUUUGAACGUUAAUUACUCGGUCAUUUGUUGAUGGAUUGUUAUAAUUUAACAACCAAUCGAUUCGGAAACUUUUAACUUAAAUAUGUAUGACGACGUCGUUUCAGUAUUUCAAUAGCAUACUAUUGAAAAAAAUGGUUGGAAUCGACCUAUGUUUUCAUCCACCAAUCCCUGUUGUACAAAAUGACGUCAACUUCUUGUUCGGCAUAGGAGGCUUUGCGUCAUGCAUAAAAAACACCGCAUCGUUCUGCGUAGUAUGAAGAGAAAUCUAUAAAUAUAGGCUGCACAGUAUUUCUUUGCCUAGUUGAUGUUUGACUGUGAAUGAAACAAGUAGCUCGUCCAGUGAGCUGAUGACUGAAUUGUAUAUGCGUUCACUUGCUGGAUUGUCGCUUUUGCAUUAUGUGUUGGUGAAAUUUCCUGUUGUCUGUGCAACACCGUGUUCGUUUGAGUAUCUUAUAUAUCAUCUAGCUAUUCGUGGUUACCGAUUUUUUUAAAAUAUCCCAUGUAAUUAGCAAAUUUUUGGUCGAUUUUACCAUUAAAAAUGCCUAUUAUGAGAUAACGACAUU